CAACCGUAGAACGACAUGCAAUCCUCUCGAAAGGGAUAUAAGGUCGAAUGUUGAUACCUUUCGUCAAUUAUUUAUUUGUUAUUACGGAUGAUUGGGUGUGAAGCAAAAAUAUUGAGUUUAUAGCAGGAAACUUUUAUUUACUAAUAUUAUAGAGGAAGCAAAAAUAUAUUUAUAAUGGAUUCUUCCUCUACAGAACAACGAUCAGCGAGAAUGAGGCAUCUGCACGAAGAUGACAGUUUAGUGUUUCCAAGGCGACCAGUCGAAAAUCUUUCACUAGACGUUGAUUCUGCGAGACACGCACGGGUUUUUGCUGAUGACGUCAUGUCUGGCGGCGACGGUGACAUGUGUGCCGCCACUAGGACUUCACAAACCAAAGCAAGGUUUAUGGUGAUCGGUUCAUUUUGUUGUUUCCUUUUUCUAUUAGUAACCGUGAGUAUAUAUUCCUCACUAAAUGAACAGAAUAGUCUUGAUAUUCGAGGAAUGUCAGAUGAUGUUGACGGUUCUCAGUUUGAUGGCCUCACAGGAGAAGGAGAUGAAAUAAUUGAUGAUACAUUGCUGGAUAGUUUAGAAAAUCAAGGAGGUACAGGCAGCGACAUUGUUCCAGGUGACGUGACGGAAGGCGGUGACACCAUGACCCCAGUUCUGAACGUGUUCGGCGAGUAUGAUGACGAUGUCAUUAUUCCUGAAAUAGAACCGGUCAAUGACUUGAAUCAGCAAGGGGAAGAUGGCGUCGUAGAUAAAGGCGACAGCUUAGACGAAAUGACAAAAGACGGCAUAAAUAAGGAUUUAUUCAUUAUGGAUGUGAACGGAAUACGGUUUGAAAUUGGUAUUGGGACAGAUGGCGAUUUUGAUUUACCAGAAGGUUUAAUUCUCAAUCCGCAUGUUCGACAACACUGGUCAUUGAUUCAGAAUACAUUAGGCUUAGAUGACUAUGAUGAGGAUACUGAAGGGAAUGGUGCCGCUGCUGGAGAAGAUGGAGAGCUUAUACUGGAGGCCCCAAUCACUUCAGAAAAGGACGGCGACAAAAUCGACCAAGACGCCCCAGAUGCCAAGGCUGGGAAAAUGCCAGAAGGUCUUUUAUUCGACCCACCACCUGCAACAGACGAACACGUUCACGGCGAAGGAUGUGACCCAGUAGCGGUUGACGUAAACGACGAAACUGAUGAUUCAAUUGCCGAUGAAAAAGCUAGUGAGACCGACGAUUUGAAAUAAACCAUGAAGUCUCAUUUUUAUUGGAACAUGUGUGGAUUGCCACUACAAGAUAUGCUAAUUAUAUUAUUUUUGAAUUGUUAUGGCACCUGUAAAGUUGUUUGCAAUAUACAAUGAAAAAAGUCGCCGCCACUGUCUCAUUUUAAAUUUAUAUACUCCUUUUUGGUCUUUAGAUUGCAUAAUUAUGUUGAAUAUUUGAAAACUCUACAGUGUGUUUAUAAGCUAUAAUGGGUUAUGAAUGUCUGUGCUCAACAGUGAUAAGUUUUGCUUAAAAUCUCGAAUUCACUAUUCCUAAUGUAAAUAAAGUGAAUCAAUUGCAAUGCUUCAAAAUAUAUUAAAAGGAAAAAAAUCGUGGCCAGGACGAG